AUGAAGCUAGGCAGCUUGCUCUUCCGCAUCCUCACGCAUAACAUCCGCUAUGCAACAACGUCUCCCUCAACGGGCGAGCAGCCAUGGAGCGUUAGGGCGCCUCACAUCGUCAACGAGCUCGACUACCACAGCCGCCUGAACCCCGAGAGCUUCGUCUGUCUCCAGGAGGCCCUGCACAACCAGGUCACCGACGUCCUCGCCGGGCUCAACUCCCGCCCACACGCCUCCUCCCAGGGAGAUGACGGCAAAUGGGCCUUCUACGGCGUGGGCAGAAACGACGGCAAGCAGGCUGGAGAGUACUCGCCCAUCUUCUACCGCCCGGCCGUCUGGAAGCUGCAGGAGAAGGAGACCGUCUGGCUGUCCGAGACGCCCUCCGUGCCCUCCAAGGGCUGGGACGCUGCCUCCAUCCGCAUCGUCACCAUCGGCGUCUUCAACCACCUGGCUACCAAUACCACCCUCCUCGCCAUGAACACCCAUCUCGACGACCAGGGCAGCAAGUCCCGCCACGAGUCGGCCAAGCUGAUCCUCAGCCUCAUUGGCAAGUACCUUGCUCGUCACCCUGAGAUCAAGGGCAACUUCCUGGCAGGCGACUUCAACAGCGACGAGGGCCAGGAGGCCUACCGCGAGUUCACCAAGCCGGGCUCCAGCAUCGUCGACACCUACAAGCGAGUCCCUGCCAGCCAGCGCUACGGAGACGAGAUCACCUUCACCGGCUUCGACGGGAAGACACAGGGCAGCCGCAUCGACUAUGUCAUGGUCGGUCCCCAGUCUUCUUCCUCUGCUAUUCCUUUCACUGUCAACGGAUACGCCGUCAUGCCCAACAGGUUCGAGAACCGCAUCUACAACUCCGACCACCGUGCUGUCGUCGCCGACGUCACUCUCUAG